UUGUAGUCAGGAGAGGACAGCCUUUGCGGGGUGUGAGUCCUGUCCAAAAGCAAAAGGGAUUUCCAUCGCAAUGGAGCUCUUCUCUCUGUGUGCCCUCAUCGCUUUGGUCUAUGCUGCCAGUGCUAAUAUACCGCAUGAUGGAAUCCACUGGACGUACACAGAAGGGGCUUUGGACCAGGCACACUGGCCUACAAAGUAUCCUGCAUGUGGGGGUAAGAAACAGUCUCCAAUUGAUAUCCAGCGGCGCAGCGUCAGACACAACCCCGACAUACUGCAGCUUGAGCUCAGCGGGUAUGAACCACAGAAAGGGAACUUCCUCAUGUCCAACAAUGGGCACUCAGUCCAAAUUGACCUGCCUUCCACCAUGAUGAUCACCAAGGGGCUCCCAGGAAAGUACACAGCUGUCCAGAUGCAUCUACACUGGGGCGGCUGGGACCUGGAGGCCAGUGGCGCCGAGCACACAAUAGACGGCAUCCGUUACAUGGCAGAGCUCCAUGUUGUCCAUUACAAUUCUGAUAAGUACAAGAGCUUUACUGAAGCCAGAGACAAGCCAGAUGGUUUGGCAGUACUUGCCUUUUUCUAUGAGGAUGGGCACUUUGAGAACACCUACUACAGUGAUUUCAUCUCCAACCUGGACAAAAUCAAGUAUGCAGGUCAGUCCAUGAACGUAUCCAGCAUCAACGUGCGCUCCAUGCUCCCUGAGAAUCUCAAUCAUUUCUUCAGAUACCAGGGCUCUCUCACUACUCCACCCUGCUACGAGAGCAUCCUCUGGACUGUGUUUGAUACGCCCAUCACUCUUUCCCAUAACCAGAUCAGGAAGUUGGAGAGCACGCUGAUGGACAUCGACAACCAGACCCUGUGGAAUGACUACCGCAUGGCCCAGCCGCUCAAUGAUCGUGUGGUGGAGUCUUCUUUCCUGCCACGCCUUGGCAAAGGAACAUUUUGUCGGCAAGAUGAAAUUGAAUCUAAGCUCCUGAGGAUUGAGGGUUUGAUAACAUCUCUUGGAAAACACAUACAUUCGAGUGGACUUCGUGACUUUAGGCCUUCCAGAAAUGAGCCCCGUGCUCUCUUUCCCCUAGUGCUCAACUUCCCAGAGAGGAACGCUGGCAGCUACGUCCUGGCCCGCCUUAACCAUGCCAUGGACCUUCACUCCUUCACUGCCUGCAUGCACGUCAAGCCUCAGCCUGGGACCAUCCACACCGUCCUCUCCUACUCCAGUGCCGGCAACGACAACGAGCUAAUGAUCACCAUUGGCUAUGAGGUUGGCCUCUGGCUUGGCAAUGAAUAUGUGAACCUGCCGCACAACUUCCAGUCACACGAUUGGGCAAACUACUGCAUCACCUGGUCAUCCCACACCGGAGGGACGGAGCUGUGGAUCAACGGCAUGGUGGGUGAGGAGCGGUACCUGAGAGCCGGCUAUACCGUGAACCCCGGCGGUGUCUUCAUCCUGGGGAAAGACCAGGAUGGCUUCUUGGGCAUCUCUAACUCAGAUGCCUUCGUGGGUAAGAUGACAGAUGUCAACGUGUGGGACUAUGUGCUGAGCACAGCUGAUAUCCGGGAGCAGAUGUCAUGUGAAAGGAACAACACCGCGAUGGGCAAUGUAUUCAGCUGGGGCGUCACCCACCUCAGCCUGUAUGGAGGGGUGCAGCUGGAUAGUGACUACAGAUGUCCCUGAGUGCCCAAAGGCUCCAGUUGCUCUGUCUGUAUGAGCUUUAAAAUGCCAGUAUAAUGUAUGGUUUAGUUGGAGGUGUGGAUUUGAGAAAGCCAUUGAUUGAUCUAUACCAAAAUAUCAGCGGUGAUCAUGGUCAUAAAAAUGUGUUUUGUAUAUCAAAUUUCUAUGAGAAACCUAUCAGUCAAUAUUUAAUGCACAACAGAAGUUAAGCAAUAUCUUCCACUGCAUCAGCCAUGUACUGUAUUCAUAUCUUUUUAUUGUCAAUAAA